UGCUCAAUAAUUUCCGACAAUGGCCGAUGGUAUUUUCAAAGCAUUGUUGUUCGUCUUUGCGGCCACUGCGUUUGCAAUGGCCGAGGUGGCUCGUGGACAGCGAGUGCCUUGCUAUUUUGUUUUCGGAGACUCUGUCUUCGACAAUGGUAACAACAAUGCCUUGAAUACCUCGGCCAAAGUCAACCAUUCACCUUACGGUGUUGAUUUUGCUAGAGGUCCUACCGGACGAUUCAGCAAUGGUCGUAAUAUUCCUGAUUUUAUUGCUGAACUAAUGAGAUUCAGUGAUUACAUUCCACCGUUCACGGGAGCAUCCCCGGAACAAGCUCAUAUCGGAUUAAACUACGCUUCGGGUGGCGGUGGCCUGCGUGAAGAUACUAGCCAGCAUUUGGGUGAAAGAAUCAGUUUCGGAAAACAAAUAAAGAGCCACCGGGAGAUGAUAAUGAAGGCAAAUGUUCCACAAGAGAAACUGAAGAAGUGUCUAUACACAAUUAACAUUGGAAGCAAUGAUUAUCUCAACAACUAUUUCAUGCCACCUCCAUACAUGACCAGCCGCAGGUAUAGUGUCGAUCAAUAUGCUGAUUCUCUCAUUCGAAGCUAUCGCUCUGAUUUGAAGUCAUUGUACGUUCUAGGAGCAAGGAAGGUGGCUGUGUUUGGGGUGAGUAGGCUCGGAUGCACGCCCCGUAUGAUUGCCUCACACGGCGGCGGUAAUGGCUGUGCUGCUGAAGUGAACAACGCGGUCAUACCUUUCAACAAGAACCUCAAAGCACUUGUCUAUGAAUUCAACAGAAACUAUGCUGAUGCUAAGUUCACCUACGUUGAUAUCUUCACCGGCCAAACUCCUCUCGCGUAUAUCGCCUUAGGAUUUAAGGUAAGAGACAAGAGUUGUUGUACUGUAAAACCAGGAGAAGAACUUUGUGCGACAAAUGAACCAGUUUGUCCGAUUCGAAGAUGGUAUGUGUAUUGGGACAAUGUCCACAGCACAGAAGCAGCCAAUAUGGUGGUGGCAAAGGCCGCGUACGCUGGACUCAUCGCGUUUCCUUACAGCAUUUCUUUGCUCGCAUUAUGAUAGGGGCAAUUUCACUACGAAAUACAUAGGGAAAACAUUUUAAAAACAAAAUUACAUUCUUUUUAUAAAGUUCAUAUAUGUAUGAAUGUUUGAUGAUUAACAUUUGUUCUUUAAUUCAAUUAUUUUAUU